GUUCGAUUAUACUUACUGGAUGUUGUUUUUCUCCGUUCCGUUAAAGAAUCGCACUUUCCGCGAUUGAAUGAACGGUCAAGGUCGCUUCACGGAAUCUCGACACACACGAAACGAAGUCAUUUUAAAGGUAUAGAAUGGAAGAUAUAGAGGUUAAACCUGGUGAGAUGGUACUGUGGUUGUGGGCAGGCCAGUCUCCUAGUGAUGAUCUUCAAUCAGUGGUGAAAGACUUGCAACAGAGACUUGGUAAUGGCAAAAUACAGAUGGAACAUGUUGACAGACUUACACUUGCCAAACAUCCAGUAUCUAGCUUUGACAAAGCUGUGUCAGGCCUGCUAGACCCGAGUGCCAGUUUGCAUAAUGCAGAAACCCUUGCAGAAAUGUGCCGCAUUCUGAAGCCCGAUGGGAAACUGUAUCUAGGUCAGGUUGUUACAGGUGCUUCUAGUGAUGAAAACAAGAUGGUGAUGACAGAUAAAACAACGUCGGCUUUGAAAUUGUCUGGUUUUGUCAAUAUAUCACAGCCAAAAGUCCUGUCCCUGUCUGAUGACUCUAAACAAGAUCUUGUUAAACAACACAAAACAAAUGACGUAUGUCUGGUCCAGUUCACAGCGUACAAACCAAGCUAUGAAAUAGGUGCUACAUCACAACUAAAGUUGUCCUUUGGUAAAAAGAAAACAGAAACAUCAAGCAAUUCAAAUGAACAGACUGCUGCUGUAUGGAAGCUGUCAGCAAUGGAUAUGGGUGAUGAUGAUAUUGAUUUAGUCAAUGAAGAUGAACUGUUAGAUGAAGAGGACCUGAAAAGACCUGAUCCUGCUUCUCUGAAAGCUGACUGUGGUACAGGGCCUGACAAGAAAAAGAAAGCCUGUAAAAACUGUACAUGUGGUCUGGCAGAGGAACUUGAUGCUGAAGCCACCAAGUCAAAGCCCAAAACAGCUACCUCUGCUUGUGGCAGUUGUUAUCUUGGCGACGCAUUCCGAUGUUCCAGUUGUCCAUAUUUGGGUAUGCCGGCCUUUAAAGCAGGAGAGAAAAUUACUUUGUCAAACAGACAACUACAGGCUGAUAGAUAACAAACAGUGACAAUAUUUAGUGUUGAAUGUAUAUGAAUGGUACUGCAGACAAGAGCAAUUUCUUUUUGGCUAGAUCAGUUAUCAAUCCUUUAAUUAUGAAUGAAUUGAUUAGUUGUAGAGUUUGGUAAUUAUAAAAUCCUAAGCAUUUUGAUUCAAUGUAUGAUUUAUGAAUAGUCAAGAUUAAAAGCUAGUAAAUAGCCUCACCACUGAAAAUAAUGUGUUAAUAGAGUUAACGAUGUAUAUUUUAAUCGGAUGUAAUAUUUUAUCAACUGGUGCCUUGCCUGAAAUAGAAGUGAUUCGGCUUUGACAGUAGUACUGGCCCAUCUGUGCAGUCUGACCAGGCUUUAUACAUUUAAAUUUUCCAAUUUUAUAUAUCCAAAAUUGAUAAUGGGCAGUUCUAAGAAUGGAAGCUUAAUUCAUAACAAUAACAAUUACUACAUAGCAAAUUCAUAACAACUACUACAUGAAUUUUAUAAUGAUUAAUUUACAAUUUAAUGGUUAUUCAUGAAUUAAGGAGUAAAUUGUUGAGAUUAUGAAUUAAAAUUUAUUCAUGAAUAUACAAUGUAGGUGUAAAUUGUUGUGGUUAUGAUUCAGUAUUAAUUCAUGAAUUACAUGUAGUUGAUGCGGUUAUGAUUAAAUUUUACUGUCUAUAAUUCAUGAAUAUUAUAAACAGUUCAAUGUUUAUUCAUAAAUAGGAGCAAAAUGAUGUGGUUAUGACUGAAUGUUUACUCAUGACUUGGAGUUAAUUUAUGUUUUAUUGUUGCAAUCAUGAUGUAAUGUUGGUUUAUUAGUACAUAUUGAAGUAAAUUUUGUUGCUUCUAAAUUAAGUGAAGAGGGUCAGUGAAAGAAACAAGUUUUAAAAAUAAAGUUUUCAAUUAUCUUUUGUCAGAUGAUGAAUUACCAAUUUAUAUAGUGAUAUUUCUUUAGGACUUUGGAAAUUCAGAAUAUAUUACUUCAAAUGUCACGGUGUGUAUGUCAGACAAGCUAGCUAACACAUAUAUGUGUAGUCUGACAACAGUUUGACUGUUGUCCGUCAUUUGUUUUGUAUCUACUUGUAUCUAUAGAUCUAUUGUAUCUAAUAUUCAUUGGAUUGGCGACCAACAUUUACAAAUUCAAAGCAGGUACAGUCUGUUAUAUCACCUAAUAAUUAGAGAAAUUACAGAGAUUUAAGUGAUAUGAUUAUAAUUUUAGUUUAUUACAGUAUGUUCAAUUUUGAUU